GGGCGUAGCUAGGAGUAAGAAACUAAGAAUUGGAUUAAGCCGAGAGCCGCGAGUGGGACAGAGAUAUCAGUGACGACAUUUUUUAUGAACGGGACAGAGUUCUUAUUAAGGGAAUCCCAUUGAAGAGAUCUCCUGUAACGGAUUCGUUUUGCUGGAGGUGGGAGGAAAGUGGGCAUUUCUCGGUCCAAAGUUGUUAUAGGCGUUUGGUGGGGGAGCUGGAUAUUCAGCCGAGGAUGAUAUGGACUGUUAUGUGGAAAUUUAUUAUUCCUCCUAAAGGGCUAAAGUUAAAAUGUUUUUUUGGUAGGUUUGUAGUGGUUGUCUUCCAUCAAGACUUAAUUUGCAGGCUCGCAGAGUGGAGUGUUCGGGGCUUUGUGGAUUGUGUGGAGCGGACACGGGGUCACUUGAGCACUUGUUCAGACUUUGUUCUGCUGCGAAGGAUUAUAUUUGUGGGCGGAACUUUGAUGGCAGUGGAGAUCCAUGAAAGGAUUGGCUAUUGUGGAUCAGUUUUUUGAGGAGUUUAGGAGCAAGAAAACGACAAACCUCGAGCUUCUUGUUUGGGGCUGAUGGUUGCUAUGGAUAGAAAGGAAUCAAAGGGUCUCGCAGGGGCUUCUUCUUCGGUACAACAGUUGAUCAACCGAGGCCAAGCUACUGUUGACGGAUGGCAGCAGGUUGCUAAAGGGAGAAGGCCGCCGCAUACUCUUCAGUUGGGGCGAGUUUCAUGGAGUAGACCGGACCCAGGCCAGUGGAAGUUGAUCGUGGAUGCAGCGACGCGGGCAGAGUGCUGCGGAUUAGGAUGGUGUUUGCGGGAUUCGGACGGCCAGUUUGUUGCUGGGGCAUCAAAACCGUGGCCGGGAGUGUUGACUGCAUUGGGAGCGGAGCUCGUGAGCAUUCGGGAAGCUUUAAUUUGAGUUGGCUAAAAGAGCAUGAAUUUACUUCGGUCGUGAUUGAGUCGGAUGCAGUAGGGGCAAUCAAUGAAAUUUUAAGUGGCUCAAACUGCUCAUUGGUGGGACUUUUGCGGGAUGACAUACGUGAUUUGGCAAAUUCUUUUUCGUUUAUUUCAUUUUGUCAUGUAAGGCGAUCAGCGAAUAAGCUUGCUCAUUUGUUAGCUAAAGCGGCUUGUUACCUGUCUGAUUCGCAGUUUUGGGUUGAUUUUUCUCCCUCUUCUAUUGUUUCGGCUUUAGCCAACGACUUGAUUAAUGAUAAUUAAAUAUUUUCCUUGCAAAAAAAUCGAGUUAAUAGGCGCCCCCAAAAAACGGUUACAACUCUG